UGGAAAAAUAAAAAAGAAUUUUGUAUUUCCUAACUCGUUGUUAUUACACGUUUCUCUCUGCACUACCAUUUUUGGAACUGCAGAGUGCAGACUGCAACAAACUCCAUUUCUGUACAAGAUACAGACACAGAGUGACAGAGACACAAAAAGACGCAAACUUUAAUUGAAACCCAAGUGACAAAUUCACCUUUCUAGUGGAAAGAAAGAUGUUUUAGAUCGAAAAGAACAGUCUUCUACAUACAAUCUCGAUGUGUGUGAGUGUGCUGUGGCUUUUGUCUGUAUAGCGUGUAAAGUUUAGCUCUCCUGUCUUGAUUUUCAUUCUUUUUUCUGUUUCUUUCAUUUUUGAAUUUUGUGUGGUGCAUUAAGGUCUGUGAAGAUUCUUCUGGUGUUAAAAACAAUAGUUGUUCUUUUUGGAUCUGGGUUUGAGUCAACUCAUUGUAUUGACUCAGGAUUUGAAAUGGGUUUUGGUUCUGUUUAGCUUCUUUAAUUUGGUCUUUCAAGAGAAAUUUUAACAUAAUGACUUGGAAGAGUAGAGGAGUAGAUACAUCUGCUAAGGGUGUGGUUUCAAAGAAAUGGACCCUUCUGUUUUGUAUUGGGUGCUUCUGCGCUGGGAUGCUAUUCUCAGACAGAAUGUGGACUGUGCCUGAAGUUAAGGGUAUAUCAAGGACAAACAGGUUUGAAGAUGAAAAGUUAAAUCUAGUUUCAGAGGGAUGUGCCCCAGAAACUAAGGAUGUAAAACAUGAAGCCAAGGACAUAAUGGGGGAAGUUUCAAAGACACAUCAUGCUAUACAGACUCUAGAUAAAACAAUAUCAAAUUUGGAGAUGGAAUUAGCAGCUGCAAGAGCUGCACAGGAAUCCAUACUAAAUGGUUCUCCAGUGUCGGAUAAUUUAAAAAUCACUGAUUCAAGUGUGAAAAGAAAGUAUUUAAUGGUUAUAGGUAUAAAUACUGCUUUUAGUAGCCGGAAGCGAAGAGAUUCAGUUCGCUCUUCUUGGAUGCCUCAAGGUGAUAAAAGCAAGAAGCUGGAGGAAGAGAAGGGCAUCAUAAUUCGCUUUGUGAUAGGCCACAGUGCUACAGCAGGUGGCAUCCUUGAUAGAGCUAUUGAAGCAGAAGACAAGAAGCAUGGCGACUUCUUGAGGCUGGAGCAUGUUGAGGGUUACCUUGAAUUGUCGGCAAAGACCAAGACAUACUUUGCUACUGCUGUUGCUUUGUGGGAUGCUGAUUUUUAUGUCAAAGUUGAUGACGAUGUGCAUGUAAAUAUAGCAACCCUUGGAACAACCUUAGCUAGACAUCGGUCAAAGCCCAGGGUCUAUAUAGGGUGUAUGAAAUCUGGUCCAGUCCUCGCUCACAAGGGAGUGAAAUAUCAUGAACCUGAGUAUUGGAAAUUUGGGGAGGAAGGAAACAAGUAUUUUCGGCAUGCUACAGGACAGCUAUAUGCUAUUUCAAAUGAUUUGGCUACUUACAUAUCAAUCAACCAGCAUGUGCUUCACAAGUAUGCAAAUGAAGAUGUUUCACUUGGGUCAUGGUUUAUUGGACUGGAUGUGGAGCAUAUUGAUGACAGGAGACUAUGUUGUGGUACCCCACCUGACUGUGAGUGGAAGGCUCAGGCAGGCAACAUCUGCGUUGCUUCAUUUGAUUGGAGCUGUAGUGGGAUUUGCAAGUCCGUUGAGAGAAUCAAGGAGGUUCACGGGCGUUGCGGGGAAGGAGAGAAUGCAUUAUGGAGUGCAGAAUUCUGAUAAGUAGCUAUCCUUCCAAACUCAGGAGGAAGCAAAAUAGAUGCGUUGAGAUAUAACAUUAGGGCUAUGGGUUUAGAGGAAUGUGUCUGUGCGUGUCAAAAUGUAAAAUGAGAGAGAGAGAUGGGUUGAGGGGAUGUGUUCUUGCCAUUGGGGAUUCUGCUCCAUUUUAGCCAAGGGGCAAGAACCAUUAGCAAUUUAUAAGGAAAAGAGACGCUAAUUAUUUAUUCUUUGUAUGCUUGGAGGAGCCAUUUUGUAAGUUUGCCAUGGCUGAUGAAAAAAACUCCAGAAUAAGUUCUAAAUUUUGAGCAAGCAUCUUCUGCCCUUUGUUUCA